AUGAUACGCGACUCGGACAGCGCCGACGAGCGCACCCUCAUCGACCCGCUCUCCGACGACGACCGCUACGGCUCAGAGGUGUCCGAAGGCGACUACGAUCACGAUAUCCUAGAGUCGGAGGAUGAAAGAGAGCAGCUGUUGACGCAGAAGGAUGGAUUGGGUGCCUUGUUCAACAAGAAGGGCGCGAGGAUUGGGAAGAGGGAUCAGAAUGCGCCGACGAAGAAGAGGGGUAAGAGAGGACACAAUGACGAAUCGAGUGCGCUCAUGUACGAAAUGGAAGAAGGUGUUGGCAUAUCUACCCCGAGUUUGGAUCGGAGAUCGAGCGAGAGCGAUGAGAGGAGGUUGUUGGGUGUCGGGACACAGAGACAGGUAUGCACCAUAUCUCUCUUGGAGGUCAGGGCUAACGAACACCAGAUACGGCGGAAACGCAUAUGGCGUCGUGUAAGCAUUUACGGGGGAAUUGUAGCCUUGUUCUUCGCCCUCCUCUUCGCCGCAUAUCGAGCCUCGAAUUCAGAGCACCCAAAGAAAGCUGCGGCAAUGGUGUCCAAUGGCACACACCUAUUCGCACCCACAACGAUCCUCAUAUCUCUCGACGGCUUCCGCGCAGAUUUUUUGUACCGCGGCUUGACUCCCACCCUCAACAAGUUCGUAGCGGAAGGCAUAUCGCCCAAGUACAUGCGCCCCAGCUUCCCCAGCGUUACAUUUCCGAAUCACUUCACGCUGGCAACUGGCCUAUACCCGGAAGCACAUGGUGUCGUGGGAAACAGCUUCUGGGAUGAAGAUCUGCAGAAGGAGUUCUACUACACCGACCCUGAAAGGUCUCUGCAACCGUACUGGUGGGGCGGCGAGCCUCUCUGGCGGACUGCUGAGCGGCAGGAUGUCCGGGUCGCGGUACAUAUGUGGCCUGGGUCCGAAGUCCACUCUGAAGAUUUCCAACCCGCCUACGUGGACAAGUACAAUGGCUCGGAAGUUCUACCUAGAAAGGUUGACCGCGUCAUGGGCUUCCUCGACCUCCCUGGACCGAUGGAUAUAGGCGCGAUGUCGGACCAACCCCGACCGCAACUCAUUUUGACGUAUGUGCCGGACGUGGACAGCGAUGGGCACAAAUACGGACCCAACAGCACGGAGAUCCGACAAACCAUCAACAAUGCUGAUACCAUGGUCGGCGAAAUCCUCAAAGGACUAGAAGAGCGCAACCUCACGGAUAUCGUGAACGUAGUAGUCGUAUCAGACCAUGGGAUGGCCACAACUGACACCUCGCGCCUCGUCCAGCUCGAAGACCUCGUCGACCCCAACGAGAUCGAGCACAUUGACGGCUGGCCUCAUUUCGGUCUUCGGCCAAAGAAAAUAAGUGACGUCGAACGCCUGCACAAGCAGAUUAUCGACAGAGCGCAGAACAUGUCCAGCAUUGAAGUCUACCUCCGUGACAAGGACAUGCCAGAGCGCUACCACUUUUCGCAAAACGAGCGCAUCGCGCCGCUGUGGAUCAUCCCGAAGACGGGGUGGGCUGUCAUUGCUGAAGCAGACGGCAAUAUACAGGACAUGAUCAAGAAUGGUGAUGUGUAUCACCCUCGCGGCGUUCAUGGUUACGACCACGAGCAUCCGCUCAUGAGGGCGAUUUUCAUCGCACGUGGUCCCGCAUUUCCACAUACACCCAAUAGCCGCGUGGAACCAUUUCAAAACAUCGAAGUCUACAACAUCAUCUGCGACUCCGUUGGCAUCACGCCUCUUGCUAAUAACGGCACUUUACGUCUCCCCUUGAAACCCGUAGGCCUGCACUCCGACAAAGACAACCUCCCGGACGAGACACCUGCAGAUCCCGUCUCCGCUUCUUCCUCUUCAUCGCCUUCUCCAUCACCCAGCGCAGAAGCUGUCACUGUGAGCCUUGCCCUUCCUUCAUCGAGUGCGGCAACACCCGCACAGCCCAGUAAAGCAUCGCCUACGUUCAGUGCGCAGCCGACCUCGAAGCAAAAUUGGUGGGAGUGGUUGACGCAUAAGGCGGAGGGCGCGGAGGAGUGGGUGGACACCUUUUUGCAUGAUCAUUUCACCGGGUUGGAGAAUGGGAAGGAGGGAAAGGAAAACCAAAGGCCGAAUCAGGAACCGCAAUAG